AAGGGGCGGGGCUUGGACUGGGGGGGGGAGGAACCCGGGUGGGCAGCGGAGGCCUUUGAGCUGUCCCAGAAGAGGGCUCCAAGGCCCCGUGGGAUAUCCGGGAAAGGGCUAGGUGAUGGGGACCAGUCCAGGAUUGAAGGAGGGCCCGCGGCUAGAGGGCAUUAGUGACCGGGGAGGGACUUAGGGCGUGAAAAGAGAGGUAAUUAAGUUCAAGUAGGGGAAAAUCUAGUGAUGCGUGUAAAGAAUUAGGGUAGUGAGUGGGGGCUUGAUGUGAAAAGGUACAAGGAAAUGGCUACUCCUGAAGGGAAGGUUCAGAGCUAAGGGAGAGUUCCAAGUGUGAAGAAUGGGGGAGAUGACUGUGAAGAGGAGCUUAACCAAUGUGUCGGGGGCGGGGAGCCCAAGGCCUUGCUGCUGCCAUGACUGAGGAGUCAGAGGAGACAGUCCUGUACAUUGAGCACCGCUAUGUCUGCUCUGAGUGCAACCAGCUCUACGGAUCCCUGGAGGAGGUGCUCAUGCACCAAAACUCUCAUGUGCCCCAGCAGCACUUUGAGCUGGUCGGUGUGGCUGACCCUGGAGUCACUGUGGCCACAGAAACAGCUUCAGGCACAGGUCUCUAUCAGACCCUGGUGCAGGAGAGCCAGUACCAGUGCCUGGAAUGUGGGCAAUUGCUGAUGUCACCCACCCAGCUGCUGGAGCACCAGGAGCUGCAUCUGAAGAUGAUGGCACCCCAGGAGACAGUGCCUGCUGAGCCACCACCCAAAGCACCCCCACUGAGCUCCAGCACCAUCCACUAUGAAUGUGUGGAUUGUAAGGCUCUCUUUGCCAGCCAGGAGCUCUGGUUGAAUCACCGGCAGACGCACCUCCGGGCCACACCCACUAAGGCUCCCGCCCCAGUUGUCUUGGGGUCACCAGUUGUCCUAGGGUCCCCUAUGGGCCAGGCUCGUGUGGCUGUAGAGCACUCAUACCGGAAGGCAGAAGAGGGUGGGGAAGGGGCAGCUGUCCCAUCUGCAGCUGCCACCACCACUGAGGUGGUGACUGAGGUGGAGUUGCUGCUCUACAAGUGUUCUGAGUGCUCCCAGCUCUUCCAGCUACCAGCUGACUUCCUGGAGCACCAGGCCACCCAUUUUCCUGCUCCUGCCCCAGAGUCUGAGGAGCCUGCUUUACAGCAGGAGACCCUGACCUCAUUACCUGCAGAAGUACCUGUGUCUCAGCCUGAACCCCUGUCAGCCUCUGAUCAUAGUUAUGAACUACGCAAUGGUGAAGCCAUUGGGCGCGAUCGCCGGGGGCGCAGGGCCAGGAGGAAUAACAGUGGAGAGUCGGGAGGAACAGCCACCCAAGAGCUGUUCUGCUCAGCCUGUGACCAGCUCUUUCUCUCACCCCACCAACUGCAGCAGCACCUGCGGAGUCAUCGGGAAGGUGUCUUUAAGUGCCCUCUGUGCAGUCGUGUCUUCCCUAGUCCUUCCAGUCUGGACCAGCACCUUGGAGACCACAGCAGUGAGUCACACUUCUUAUGUGUAGACUGUGGCCUGGCCUUCAGCACAGAGGCCCUCCUCCUGACCCAUCGGCGAGCCCACACCCCGAACCCUCUGCAUUCGUGUCCAUGUGGAAAGACCUUUGUUAACCUCACCAAGUUCCUUUAUCAUCGGCGUACCCAUGGAGCAGGGGGUGUCCCUCUGCCCACAACCCCAGUCCCACCAGAGGAGCCUGUCAUCGGUUUCUCUGAGCCAGCCCCAGCAGAGACUGGAGAGCCAGAGGCCCCAGAACCUCCUGUGUCUGAGGAGACCUCAGCAGAACCUGCUACUCCAGGAACCUACCGCUGCCUCCUCUGCAGCCGUGAAUUUGGCAAGGCAUUGCAGCUAACCCGGCACCAGCGUUUUGUGCACCGGCUGGAGCGGCGCCAUAAAUGCAGCAUUUGUGGCAAGAUGUUUAAGAAAAAGUCCCAUGUGCGUAACCACCUGCGCACACACACAGGAGAACGGCCCUUCCCUUGCCCUGACUGCUCUAAGCCCUUCAACUCGCCUGCCAAUCUGGCUCGCCACCGGCUCACCCACACUGGGGAGCGACCCUACCGGUGUGGGGACUGUGGCAAAGCUUUUACACAAAGUUCUACUCUAAGACAGCACCGCCUAGUGCAUGCCCAACACUUCCCCUACCGCUGCCAAGAAUGUGGGGUACGUUUUCACCGCCCUUACCGCCUUCUCAUGCACCGUUACCACCACACAGGCGAGUACCCCUACAAGUGUCGUGAAUGCCCUCGCUCUUUCUUGCUGCGUCGACUACUAGAAGUACACCAGCUUGUGGCCCAUGCCGGGCGUCAGCCCCACCGCUGCCCAUCUUGUGGAGCUGCCUUCCCCUCCUCGCUGCGACUCCGUGAGCACCGCUGUGCAGCUGCUGCCACCCAAGCCCCACGGCGCUUUGAGUGUGGCACCUGUGGCAAGAAAGUGGGCUCAGCUGCUCGGCUACAGGCACACGAGGCAGCUCAUGCGGCCGCUGGACCUGGAGAGGUCCUGGCCAAGGAGCCCCCAGCUCCUCGGGCCCCACGGGCCUCUCGCACACCAGUUACUCCCCCCGCAGCGCUUGGAAGCACUGCCACUGCAGCCCCUGCAGCCCCUUCCCGACGCCGGGGCCUGGAAUGCAGUGAGUGCAAAAAACUGUUCAGCACAGAGACAUCGCUGCAGGUGCACCGGCGCAUCCACACGGGCGAGCGGCCAUACCCAUGUCCAGACUGUGGCAAGGCCUUCCGACAGAGUACCCACCUGAAAGACCACCGGCGCCUACACACAGGUGAACGGCCCUUUGCCUGUGAGGUGUGCGGCAAGGCCUUUGCCAUCUCCAUGCGCCUGGCAGAACAUCGCCGCAUCCACACAGGUGAACGACCCUACUCCUGUUCUGACUGUGGCAAAAGCUACCGCUCCUUUUCCAACCUCUGGAAGCACCGCAAGACCCAUCAGCAGCAGCAUCAGGCAGCUGUGCGGCAGCAGCUGGCAGAGGCAGAGGCUGCCGUCGGCCUGGCUGUGAUGGAGACUGCAGUAGAGGCUCUGCCUCUGGUGGAGGCUAUUGAGAUCUACCCUCUGGCUGAGGCUGAGGGGGUCCAGAUCAGUGGCUGAUUCUGCCCCAUUUCCCUCUUCACCACCAUGCCCUGCUGCUGAAGGCCUUCUUCCUGCAUCCCCUUCAACCUCUGUACAUACUGUACCCCUUCCUCUUCCCUUCCCCACUGCCACGUAAGUUCUGUAACUGGAUUUAUUCUCUUAUGAGGGGGUGUUCUGGGGUCCUUGAUAUGCAUAAAAGUGACCCCCUUCCACCUGUUAGUAUUGGUGGCCCCAAAGUGAAACAGUUAAUAAAAGACUAAGUUGAACAUUUA